AUGAAGGCCGUCUUCGUUUUGAUGGCCCUAGCGGUUGUUGCGGCGGCUCAAACAACGCGUGCCCCUUCGCCUCCUACUCGCGCCUGUCCUACAUACGACCCUUGCAACUGCAAACCCAAUGCGCAGGCUGAAAAUUAUUACGAUCGUGACGGCUGCCUUCAGUGCCGCUGUGUGGCUGUCGAGGUACCCACGACGACCACAACCACUCGCCGUCCCACCACCACCACCACCACCACUACUCGCCCCACGACGACGACGACCACUACCACUCGUCGCCCCACCACCACUACCACCACUACCACUCGCCCCACGACGACGACGACCACUACCACUCGUCGCCCCACCACCACUACCACCACUACCACUCGCCCCACGACGACGACCACUACCACUCGUCGCCCCACCACCACCACCACUACCGAGGCUCCCUGCCCAACCUACAACCCCUGCAACUGCAAGCCCAAUGCCGAACCCGAGAACUAUUAUGAUCGCGAUGGCUGCCUGCAGUGCCGCUGUGUUGCUAUCGAAGUGCCAACCACCACGACCACCACGCGCCGUCCCACGACCACCACGACCACCACGCGCCGUACUACCACAACUACCACCACGCGUCCCACGACAACCACGACUACCACUCGUCGUCCCACCACUACGACCACCACUACUCGCCCCACCACUACCACGACCACCACCACGCGCCCCACGACCACCACGACUACCACUCGCCGAGCUACGACGACCACUACAACUCAAGCGGCCCCCACGACCACCACGACGACCACUCGCCGUCCCACGACGACCACCACGACUCAGGCUGCACCUGAGACGACCACGACGACCACUCGCCGUCCCACGACCACGACCACCCAGGCCGCACCCGCCACCACGCGUCGUUCUGAUCGCGAAGCUUUUAACGACGAAUUUUUCCUUUCCAGCUACGCCUACGAUGGUGACGAUGUUUACCUCGUGUCGGGGGCAGAGGCUGGCUUUCAGCUGGUGCCUGGCUUCUCCGAAGGCCUCAAGUUCAAGAGUGGAAAGACACCUGGCGCAUGCGACUCUGUGCGCGUGAGCCUCUGCUCUGACUCGCUCAACCAGAACUGCUUCAAGGCAUACCCUUGCUCGUCGGGCGAGUGCUUCAUGUUUGAGGACGUGGAGCGUGAGGAAGCCUUUGAGAACCUGAAGAAGAAGGCCAAGCUUUUUGCCUACUGUGAAAAUGGCCAGUCCUUCUUUGAUUUGGACAAGAGCGAGCAGAAGCAGGUGUCCAAGGCCUUUGAGCGCUAUCUGAACAAGAAGUGUGACAUCCAUGAUUGUCAAUUUGAUUCGGCCCGCCGCCACAUCAGUGGCGAUGGUGAUGACUCUGAAUUCAAGGUUCCCGUCGACAGCAAGGCGACCCGCAAGGCCGUCAAGAAGUGCAUCCGCAAAGCCGCGCGCAACCUCGAGAACCAGUUUGGCUCGUGCACCAUCUUUGACGAUCCCGUUACCGUUUAA